AAACCCCAGUCUUCUUUCUCCGUUUCUGGACUCUGGUUUGUUUUCAGCUUUUCGUUCUUCGAUCGAAAAUGGCGAAGCGUUUAAUUCCUUGUUUUAACCGUGUUCUGGUUGAGAAAAUAAUUCCUCCAUCAAAGACCAACACCGGUAUUCUGCUUCCAGAAGCCUCCUCCAAGCUAAACUCUGGUAAAGUUAUUGCUGUGGGCCCUGGAUCACGUGAUGCAGAAGGGAAGUUGGUGCCUCUCUGUGUGAAAGAAGGUGACACUGUUUUACUAGCAGAGUAUGGAGGAACAGAAGUGAAACUUGAUGAAAAGAAGUAUCAUUUGUAUGACGAUCAUGAUAUCUUGGGAAGUUUGCAUGAUUAGUUUGGUUUUGUAAUUCAUGAGGACAUUUAAGAGAUUGUGUCAUUUGGAAAUGUACGAGUGAGAUGGGUCCCAAAAUUGGGGAUUUGGAGAAUCCGGAUACACAAAUUUAGUUUGCAGUUAUUAUUUUUUAAGAGCUAUCUUCUCAUUUUGGGUAAAUGUUUUUUUUUUUUUUUUUUU